UGUAAAGUAGUCGAACCAUUUUACAAUCAAUAUCGAUGCAACAGCUGAAGUAUUGUAGGAAAAUGGGUUAUAAUUAAGCAUCAACAACUAUUUCCCGGCUUGUCCCGAAGUGUGCAGUUUAAGGUUCAUUACUUCACAACGUUCGCGGGUAGUCCAUUGCCUUUCUCCUACUGCCCUAAUCUGUUCACGCUAUUGUAUUAUCACAUUAAGAUAAUAGACACCAAAAAUUGGGGCCGCUUGUGUUAUCUUUUGUCUUUUGAAGAAGUGAAUGCGUGGCAUUUAAGAGAGGAAAAAAUAACGAAUUCUAAUAGUAGAUGAUUUGCUUUACUGGAGGUGUUUGUGGUCAUUGAAAAUUCGCACAAAAAAACUGUGCUGCUCUCCGCUUUGGUAGGUUAACUGUAGAAGGUACUGGAAAGAAACGUAAUGACGCGCCACGCUUUAUCCGUUGUGGUGGCUCAGGUCUUUGGAUUAUGGCAUCGACAGAUGGGACUACAAUUAGGUGCUAGCACGAUCUGCUGGCUGGCUUUAAUAUCGUACGUCUGGUGCGGUGCAAACAACCUUCACAUGAAUGAUGGCGUACGAACGCAGGACAUAAUUGCGGGAGAUGUGUUUUUCGAAAUUUUAGAACCAUCGGCCCUGGAGUACACGUACCGAUUGCGGCCAGCGAAAGAUUUCGGAGGAACGUUCGGAAUUUCGUAUAAAUCUCCACAAGGGAAGCUAGUGCCGGCAAUACCGGCGGAUGCGUGUUCGACGCAAUUCGAGAAUGCCAAAGAGUUGAUUGGGAGCAUCGCACUCGUCGAGCGUGGUCAUUGUUCCUUUUUAACGAAGGCCAUCAAUGUAGAAGCGAUUGGUGGAGCAGCCAUAAUUGUGACAGAGUACGACACGGAGAUAGAUGAUUUUGAUUACUACAUUGAAAUGGUGCAUGAUAAUACCGAUCGCGAUACGAAUAUCCCAGCAGGAUUUUUGCAUGGAAAGAACGGAAUCAUUAUUCGACAAACGCUUAAAAAGAUGAAUCUGCCGUACGCGAUUGUGAACAUUCCCGUUAACCUCACGUUCAUACAGCCGCAUAUGAUCAACCAACCUCCUUGGUUACCAUGGUGAGCGUUUACUGCGCGACAGUACCAAUGAUAU